AAGGUACAGUUCGGUCUGCUUCUUGGAGGGAGGCCUCUUCCAGGGCACCGAGCUGGGCUGCCAGAGGACAAGGGGCCUGUGCUUGUUGGGAUCUACGGCAACGUCGACUACUUGGGGAUUAUGCAUGAGACGGAGCUGCCUCCUCUGACUGCGCGGGAGGCAAAGCGAAUUCGGCGGGAGACAAGGAGAAACAGCAAGUGGCUGGAGAUGCUGGGCAAAUGGGAGAUGUACAAGAACAGCGAAAAGCUCAUAGGUCGCACAUACAAGGGGAUUCCCGGGAACAUCCGGGGCCGGGCAUGGUCAGUCCUCCUGAACGUUCAGGAAAUCAAAUCAAAAAACCCCGGCAAAUACAAGCUCAUGAAGGAGAAGGGCAAGAGGUCAUCUGAACACAUCCAUCAGAUCGACCGGGAUGUUAGCAGGACUCCCCAGAAGCAUGUCUUCUUCAGGCGUCGAUAUGGAGCCAAGCAGCGGGAACUCUUCUACAUACUCCUGGCAUAUGCGGAGUAUAACCCGGAGGUGGGCUACCGCAGGAACCUGAGCCACAUCGCCGCCUUGUUCCUCCUGUAUCUGCCUGAGGAGGAUGCAUUCUGGGCCCUGGUGCAGCUGCUGGCCAGUGAGAGGCACUCCCUGCAGGGAUUCCACAGCCCAAAUGGCGGGACAGUCCAGGGGCUCCAAGACCAUCAGGAGCAUGUGGUACCCACGUCACAACCCAAGACCAUGUGGCAUCUGAUCUCUCUCGGGCUGACCCUGCGCCUGUGGGACGUUUACCUGCUACAAGGAAAAGAAGCACUGAUGCACAUGACCACCAUUGCAUUUGAGGUGCAGAAGAAGCGCCUCAAGGAGACCAGUUCCGGCCUGUGCGCAUGCAUCGCGAGCCAGUUCUGCCAUCACUGGGCCAGGGAUGAUGACACGGUGCUCAAGCACCUCAGGGCCUCUGUGAACAAACGAGGGAGGAAGCAAGCGGACCUGCCACCCCCAGCCAAAGCCGAGCAAGGGUCCUCGGCACCCAGGCCUGUGCCAGCUUCACGUGGUGGCAAGACCCUCUGCAAGGGGGACAGGCAGGCCCCUCCAGGCCCACCAGCCCAGUUCCAGCAGCCCAUUUGGUCAGCUUCCCUGCCAAGGGCACCUCGUUCUUCCACACCCCGUCCUGGUGGGGCUGUCUGGGAAGACACCUACCCUGUGGGCACUCAGUGUGUGCUCAGCCCGGCCCUGGCUCAGGGAGGACCUCAGGGUUCCUGGAGACUGCUGCGGUGGAACUCCAUGCCCUGUCUCCCGACGGACCUGGAUGUAGGGGACCCUUGGUUUCUCCAUUAUGAUUUCGAACAGAGCUGCUGGGUCCGUGCCAUAUCCCAGGAGGACCAGCUGGCCACCUGCUGGCAGGCUGAACACUCUGCCGAGGGAGUGAGAUUGGCUUUCGCCAAACUGAACAAUGUGGGCAUGGACUUCCGGGCCCUGCAGUGCACCCAGCACUGAUUCCGACCAGGACACCUCCUUCGCAGCUAGGGACGAGGAGCAGUGCACUCCCACCUCAGGGCCUUAUUAUUUAGUUAAUAGGAUUGUACUCAUGUUACAUUUCUCAAUUUUUUUUAAGAGAUAAAGUCUCACUCUGUCACC